CUUAAGGUUUAUAUACCAUCUUCAGAAAGCUCUCCACUAGGAAGAAUUUUUUUAGGAAAUUCUGUAUUCAGUUGUUGAAAUAACUAUUGCUAGUGUCUCUGAUGGAGAAAUUACCAGUUUCAUGUCUAAGGUUAUGAUUGGUGGGUUCUUUUUAAGGGAUACCUUCUCACGCCCUCCGUGUACUUUGGUACAACCAUCCAUGGAAGCUGUCACGGAUUCUUGUGUGAAUAUUCCUGAUUUUGGUAAGAAUUUCUGCCCUCCAAUAUAUCCACUAGGUGAGCAGAAGUGGCAACUAAUUAUGGGUGUUCCUUUAAUAUGCAUUCACUCUCUUCAAGUGAAGCCCUCUCCAUUCCCACUUCCUUUGCAUCACAAACAGUGAUUGAAUGCCAGCCACUUAUGAUUCAUCUUCAGGAACAAUCUUGUUUAAGGAUAUCCUCUUUCUUAGCUGAUGGAAUAGUUGUAAAUCCUGGCACCGUUUUACCUGAUUCUUCAGUUAAUUCCCUUGUAUUUACUCUCGGACUUGGACAUUAGUGUUCCUCUAGACACAACUAAACUGGAUAAUCCUAGUAGCAAAAGGAACCUUACUGUUGAAAAGUCCUUUGCUGGAGCUAGACUUCAUAUUGAAAAAUUGUUUUUCUCUGAGUCACCUUCACUAAAACUCAAGCUAUUGAACCUGGAGAAAGAUCCUGCUUGCUUCUGUCUCUGGGAGGGUCAACCAAUUUGACGCUAGCCAGAAGAAAUGGACAGCUGGAGCAUCACAACUUAGUUUGUAUUUGGAAACAUCUGCUAGCUUAACUGGACUUCAGAGUUAUGCUGGCUGUACUUCAGGCUUGUGGAGGUGUGUCGAGGUUGAAGAUGCUUCUGUUGAGGUAGCUAUGGUAUCUGCUGAUGGGAAUCCUUUAAGAAUUGUUCCUCCUCCUGGCGGUGUUGUCAGAGUAGGGGUUGCUUGUCACCAAUAUUUAUCCAAUAGUUCUGUUGAGCAGUUAUUUUUUGUCUUGGAUCUCUAUACAUACUUUGGUAAGGUUAGUGAAAAGAUUGCCAUAGUUGGAAAGAGUAAAAGACCUGAGAUGGAUAAAAAUGACUCUCUCAGUCAAAGUUUGAUGGGGAAGGUUCCUAGUGAUACUGCUGUAAGUUUAACGGUCAACGAUCUCCAGCUUAGAUUUCUGGAAUCAUCCUCCUCCUUCAAUAUCCAUGAAAUGCCUCUGGUUCAGUUUAUUGGGAUAGAUCUGUUCAUUAAAGUUACUCAUAGAACUCUUGGCGGUUCUAUUGCUGUUUCAUCCACUUUGUUUUGGGAGAGGAUUGAGGUGGACUGUUUAGACAAUGGGAGAAACCUGGUAAAUGAGAAUCGAACAAUGUUAGAUUCAGUUGAAAAUGGUUCUCUUGUCACUUUGAAUGGAUAUCCUCCCCUUAAAGCUGUCUUUUGGGUUGAUAACAAAAAGAAGCAUCAAUCAAAUGGAAAAGCUUUUGUGAUUCCUUUUCUUGACAUAAGCAUUGUACAUGUCAUUCCCUUCAACGAACAGGACAAAGAGUGUCAUAGUUUAAUGGUGUCAGCUAGUAUUUCAGGUGUUCGCUUAGGUGGAGGAAUGAAUUAUAUGGAGGCUUUGCUGCAUCGAUUUGGAAUACUUGGGCCUGAUGGUGGUCCUGGUGAGGAACUCUCCAAAGGGUUGGAAAAUAUAUCAGCUGGGCCACUGGCUAAACUUUUGAAGCCAUCUGCUCUCGUCGAUGAUUUAGCGAAGGGUGGAAAUUUGGAGGGUGAGAAAGAUAGUGGUUUCUUGCACCUAGGGAUGCCAGAUGAUGUUGAUGUGUCAAUAGAGUUAAAGGACUGGUUAUUUGCUCUUGAAGGUGUGCAAGGAACGGCUGACAGAUGGUGGUUUGACAAUCAAGAAGACGUAACUAGAGAGGAGAGAUGUUGGCACACGACAUUCCAGACCUUGCGAGUAAAAGCAACAAGCAGUCCAAAGCAUAUGUUAAAGGGUAAAGGGAAAUCAGAUGAAGUGCAGAAAUAUCCUGUUGAAUUGGUCACGGUUGGUGUGGAAGGAUUGCAAACCCUGAAGCCUCAGGUCCAUAAAGGCCUUCUUAAAGCUGUCCAUUCUGAAAAUGGAUUCAAAGAAGGUUUUGAGACAUCUAGUGGAGUAAAUCUUGAAGUUCUUCUGGUGAUAUCAGAAAACAAUAUUGAGGAUGAAAUGGCCAACUGGGUGAUAGAAAACUUGAGAUUCUCUGUCAAGCAACCGGUAAAAGAAUCUGUCCCAAGAACAGAGGGCUUUGAAAAGAUCUUCUCCCAGGAUAAUCUCAGUAGGGGCAGUAGUGCUGGCAGUAUUGGGCAAUCUCCUAGAUCGUACGUUACACAUGAAACCCCACGGUCAACUCUAGCAUCAACUGUAGGCAGUUUUGGAUUCACAAGCCGAGCGUACCGCCCUCAUUACCAACUUAUCCAGUUCAGAAUCUCCUGAAGAGCAUCUUGCUAAUAUUAGAGAAUUGAGUCAGAAACUUGAAAGUAUGCGGAGUUUGUUGGUGCAAUUGCAGAGUCAAAUUUGAUGGGUCUUGUUUCCUGCCCUAUUCUUUGUGGUAAAAUCAUGGGAUUGAAGAAAGCAUCUCAACGGUGGCCGAGAAAGAAGAAAAAGAAGAAAUCAUCCCAGUGAAAUAGUCUAUCACAUUCUUUUGUGUAUAUAGAAUACACGUGAAUACUUGUGUGACAAUUUUAUCACAUGAAUACGUAUCAAUCAGGCACAAAGAAAAGCUGUUCUAUAUGAGUUAUCCCAGAAAUUUUGUAUCAAAGCAUGACAAUUUUUCCCUUCAAUAUUAGCAAUAAUUAAAAUGUUUCAUG